AUGGAAAAGUACACGCAGGUGAAGGUGCUCGGCAAGGGCAGCUUUGGCUCUGCUUGGCUCAUUCAGCGCAACGAGGAUCACGCGCAGUUUGUGGCGAAAGAGGUACGGCUUGGCGGCUUGAAGCCGGCGGAGCGGGCGAGUGCGCAGAAGGAGAUUGAUAUGCUGCGCACGUUGAACCACCCUAACAUCACCCGCUACGUGGACCACUUUGAACACAAGGGCUCACUCUUCAUUGUGAUGGAGUAUGCCAACGGCGGCGACCUGUACAUGCGGAUUAAACAGCAGCAGGGCCAGCUCUUCUCGGAGAAGGGGAUUCUACAGUGCUUCUCGCAGAUCUGCCUGGCGCUAUCGUACAUGCACGAGCACCGCAUCCUCCACCGCGACCUCAAGACGCAGAACAUCUUCUUGACGAAGGAUGGCAUUGUGAAGGUGGGCGACUUCGGCAUCAGCACCGUGCUGCGCAACACAUAUGAGUUGAAGCAUACAAUCUGCGGCACACCCUACUAUUUCUCGCCGGAACUAUGUCUCAACAAGCCCUACAACAACAAGAGCGAUGUAUGGGCGCUGGGAUGCGUCCUGUACGAGAUGACCACCCUAAACCACGCCUUUGACGGCAACAACAUGAAGGCGCUAGUGCAGAAAAUUCUCAAAGGUGUGUACCCGCCGAUUCAUCCCAUGUACUCGAGCAACCUCUCACGGCUCAUCUCUGCCAUGCUUCAGAUUGAUCCCCACAAGCGGCCCAACGUGUCGCAGGUGCUGGACCUCAGCUUCAUUCGCGAGUCCUUGACAGGGCUACAGGAGGCGGUGCAAGGCGCACGCGUAGACCGCCGCUCUGUCGUGUCGGUCGAGGAGCGGGCACUCCUGCAAAAGGCCGCGGCCCGGCGCAAGGAAGAGUACCACCUGAAGGAACUGGAGGGCGCGGCAAUGGCGGAGAAGGCGCAACAGCAGCAGCGGGCCAUCCUCAUGUUGCAGCAGCUCGAAGGCGAGGAGCGGCGGCGCAACUUAGUCGAGCAGCAGCGGCGGCUCCAGCGGCAGCAGGAGCUCGCCUUGCAGGAGCGCAAGCGUGCCCUAGACGAGCGAGUGCGCGAGCAGCGCAAGCUGCAAGGGCAGAAAGCUAAGGCAGACGCCAAGGCGCAGCGCCGCCGGGAGAAGCAAUGGGACGACAACCUCAAGGAGCAUGUGAUGGAGGCGCAGCAUCUCCCCGAGACUGAGGAGCAACAGCCUCACUCUGACCACCGCAGCCCCCCGCAGCUGCAACAGGAAGAGCUACAGAAACAGCAGGAGCAGUCUGCCGCAGAGGCGUACCGCGAGAUGAGGCGGCAGGCUGCAGCAAACAAGCAGCGCUGUUAUCAAGGCUCCUAUUUUCCUGGCGGUGCGCCCUGCUCACAGCAGCAGCAGCAGCAGGACAAGCUCUUGUCACUGCCACUCGGUCAGCCGCUACCACCGCGUACCCCUCCCACGAGCAGUCAUUACAGCUCGCGCAAGAUGACAUCAGAGGAACUGGAGGAUGCGCGAUCGCGGGCUUUUUGGCAGAUGCGGCGCGAGGCUAUCGAUAACCGCAAGAAGAUGCUCGGCCUCGAUGACACGGGAAUCGGCGAGUCACAGGCGACGGCGUCAACGGAGGCCGCGUCUGGCGCCUCGCCGGCGCCUUGGAAUCGCACGAGUGCGCCAUUCCUCGCAGUCCCUGCACCGCCGCAGCAGAGUACGCUGCUGCCACUGUCCCCACCAGCAGCGGCAGAAAAGUCGACCAAUAAAUCGGCGUCGCGCAAGGAUAAGAGCACACCAGAGAGCAAUGGUGCCCACGGCAACGGCGUGCACAGGCCCCCAUCGGCCCCGUCAUCUGCCGUGUCGCUGCCUCUUGGCGCUGCUGCUGCUGCUGCUGCUGGCGUGCCGCAGGAGGUGCAGAAAAGCGUGACGCCGGACGGUGAAGAGGGGCUGCGUAACUUCUUGAACGGCGAGGCGGCGGCCACAUCGCCGACAGAGGCCGAGGACCGCCAACGAGACGACGACUACCACGCGCUGGAUACCGUCAUUGGCGAGACGCUCAAGGCUGAUCGCAACAAGACCUUCAAGGACGACUUCGAAGACGCCACGUUCGGUGAGGCGACGGACUCUAGCAAACUUGUACUGGACGGUAAGACGUUCCACCUGCCGAAUGUGAGCGCUACCGACCCGCUCAUGCACCGCAUCGAGUCCCUACGCAUAUUCCUCGAGAAAGAGAUGGGGGAAGACGACCUCAUCGCGUGCUACCGAGCCAUGAACAACAUCUCCGCCAGCGAUGACGAGGUGAUGCAUCAGCUGCAGAGCGCGUUGCCACUGUCGAAGCAGCGCUUCAUCCCCCUAGUCGCGCACCUUGUGGUGUGCGAAGACGCCUUCAACCGCCAGGGUGGUCCCUCCACCGCCUCCGCAAUCGGGCUUUAA